AGCGGCCGCAGCGCUGUCAGCCAGGAGCGUCACACAGGAAGAAAACAACAAUGUAGCCGAGCGGCUAAUGCUACCAACACACACAUUAAAUGCCCAAGUAAGACAUGUUUCCGAGGUAGUUAAGUGUUUCUUAAAGGCAUAUUUGGAUCAUAUUAAUUCAAGUUAACGCGUUUUAUAUCACAACGGAGAGAAACGAGUGCAGAGAUGCAGUCUGGUGAGUCUGUGGUUGGAGCAGCAAUGGGGGUAGCUGGGGCUCACAGUCGGUCAGAGGAUGAGGAGUCACUCAGUGUAAAAGACAUGAAAAGGACGACAACACAAGCAUUUGGCGGUGGAGUUCCAAAACGGAGAAGUUCAUCCAGGUCUAUAAAGAGAAAGAAGUUUGACGAUGAGCUGGUGGAGAGCAGUCUCGUGAAGUCAUCCAGUAGAGUCAAAGGCCCUCCAGUCAUAGAACCUGUCCGCUGUUCAGGAAGUGAGCCUUCAUCUAGUGAGAGGAAAAAGCUGACAAAAUCAGGAACUGCGUUCACACCACCUCUUACGAUGAUGUUAAACCCUGCUCCAAUGGCUAAAAGAGUGAAGAAAAGCAAGCAACCUUUACAUAUUACAAAGGAUCUGGGAAGAUGGAAACCCACAGAUGACUUGCUGUUAAUAAAUGCUGUGUUACAGACUACUGACCUAACCUCUGUUCAUCUGGGAGUCAAGUUUAGCUGUCGCUUCACUUUGCGAGAAAUUAAAGAGAGAUGGUACUCUUUGCUGUAUGAUCCUAUCAUCUCAAAGCUGGCGUGGCAGGCCAUGCGGCAGCUUCAUCCCGAAGCGAUCGCAGCAAUCCAAAGCAAAGCGCUCUUCAGCCAGGCUGAGCAGGAGUUGUUGGCCAAGAUUGGUUCAACUAGUCAGCCCAAACUGGACAUAUUUCAGGACCUUCUGAGCAAACACCCUGAUGUCUUUCAUCCUUGUCGCACGCCUAAGAGUCUGCUGGUUCACUGGCAGCUGCUAAAGCAAUACUACCUACUGGAUGACCAGAGUGUACAACCCCUACCUAAAGGUGACCAAGUACUCAACUUCUCUGAUGCUGAGCAGAUGGUUGAUGAUGCAAAGUUAAAGGACAGUAGAGAUGAGGUCUUGGAACAUGAAAUGAUGAUUUCAGAUCGUCACCAGAAAAAGGAGAUCAGACAGUUGGAGCAGGAAUUGCCUCGGUGGCAGGUUUUAGUGGACAGUAUUACAGGGAUGAGUAUGCCAGACUUUGACAGCCAGACGCUAGCAGCGCUGCGAGGAAGAAUGGUGCGCUACCUCAUGCGAUCAAGAGAGAUUACGUUGGGGAGAGCAACUAAGGACCGGCAGGUCGAUGUAGAUCUGGCACUAGAGGGACCCGCCUGGAAAAUAUCUAGAAAACAAGGAAUCAUCAAACUGAAGAAUAAUGGAGACUUCUUCAUCGCUAAUGAGGGCCGGCGGCCUAUUUACAUCGAUGGCAGACCGGUGCUAUCGGGCAACAAGUGGAAAUUAAACAACAACUCAGUGGUGGAGAUUGCAGGUCUUCGUUUUGUGUUUCUAAUAAAUCUGGAGCUCAUCUCACUAAUAAAAGCUGAAGCUGCUAAGAUGACACAGCAGUGAAUGUCAGCCGUCAAGCAGAAGAAUCCGUUUGCGGCAGGACAGUAAUUCAACAACAGUGUCUUUAGUUAAAAGCUUCUGUGGAUCGGCUGCAACACAACCUGCUGCAGGAAAUCCUUCUUGUCCACACCCAUAGUCAUCCAUGAUCACUCUCACAUAGAAACUUGAAUAACGGAAGUUACUGCAACAUCUCUCAUCCACUGGUGAUCAAUAAAGUAUUGUUGAAUUGAAGAACGAUUGUGUUUGAUGCAGUGUCUGAAGUUUGAGAGCUGACACCUUUUUCCCUAUGUCCUAAUACUUUGAAUCAUUUAGUAAUAUUAUGCAAAUUAUUUCCAAUCUUCUUUUGAGAAAUAUAUAUAUUUUUAAACUUUUCAAUGAUUUCCUUAUGCAUGUAUUAAACUGGAGAUCCUCUGGUCAUUCUUGCACAUCAAAGAUCCUUUUAU